AGACGCUGUUAGGGUUUUUUGUUUGUUUUAAUCUUGUCUGCUGUCACAGAAAUUGACUUCUAUGGGAAACCUUUUGUAUAGCUAAAUGCUUUCAGGGCAAUACUUGUCAGACUUUUUUUUUUUUUUCUUGCGAAAUAGUUCCUGACACAUUGUGACUUUGCAAAACUGAGCUCUGUAUAACACUGGUUAUACAGUGAUUAUUUAUAAUAUUCAAAGUGGCACGGCUGCUUGGUGAUAGCUAUGGAUAAAAAUAGCAGAAUCAACACAUCUGCAACGGUAGGUUGAUGGUUUAUGAGAACAGAAUUUAAUGACUUAAAAUAUUAGGAGCUGAAGUAAGUGUGAUUUGAUAGAUAGAUAGAUAUAUUUAGUUCAGAAUAACUCUUCUAGUAUCAUGCAUGUUUUAUAUCUUUACCAACUAAUUGUGGAAAGGGAGUUUUUGGUUUGGAUGCUAAGGUACCGGAUGUUUGCUUGUAUUUCUGCUGUUGUAUUUCUGGCUGUGGCACUGGCAUUGGUGUCUGAAGAAAUUCUCCUUGGAUGCAACUCUGAAUAAAAGGAAACCUAAGAGAUUUUAGAAGCGUUAAUUAUACUGACAAAAAUUAAGUAAGCCCCAGCUUCUGUCUUGAAGGUACCACCUCUCUUAUUACUAUCUCAUAAUGCUUUGUAAAGCUCUUUGAUGGUAUAAUAAUGUACUAUUAUUAACUAAACACUCCACACAACACAUUUGUAUGGUAGAUAAGUUAGUUCCCUAUUUUACAGGCAGGAUAAAAAACAAGUUAAAUUAUGGAGGGUUUUUUAUUAGACUUACAAAAUCGGUUUAUAAGCUUUUCAAAGUAGAGAACUUGUCUAUGCGUUUGUACUCUACCUAGCAACAUGUGGGCCCGACUGCAAUAUAAAUAACUUGCAGAAAGUGUCAGUGUAUGUCAGGGUCAAAGAGAAUGCUGGAGUUCUUGGCUCCCAGUGUAAUGUUCAUGACCUUGAUCAUGUAAAUAUGAUUUGGGGGGGGUUGGAGUUCGAUACCAGAAAUGUAAGGAAAAGCACCUGAUAGGAGUUACAUGGAACAUUUACUGUGUUCAGUUUUCUGUCACGGUCUGUUUGAAAAAAUUGACCUCUCUUAUUCCAUGUUAAGUUCAUCAGAAGACAAUGGGACACAUAUUCCUCUCUAUUACUGACAAGAAAACUUGAUCCAUUUAUGUUUUGAAACUCAUAUUUUAAAAAGUUAUCUUAUUACCCCUCUCUUUGGCUCCUAAUGCUUUUAUUUUCAAUUUAGCAAAUUUCCAGGUAUGAUAUUUUGGUCACAGAAGUCAAAAUAGUUUAGCAGUGGCUGACUGAAUUUAGCAAUAUCAAGCUGACUUGUAAAUUCUGAGCACUGCCCUUCUACAAAUACACAUAUCUCAUGGAGAUGAAGUAUGGUAAGAAGUCAGGAAACCAUUCAAGUUUCUGAUGCAACAUGCUAAAUGACCUAUUGGUUCCCAUUAUCCCAGCGGCUCUCGGGCAAUGUCAUGUUAAUGGCCUUACAUCAUUUUUUAUAGUUUACUCUGUGAUAGCAACACUUUGGCAAGAUCGGUGGGCAAAAACUGAGUCCUGUUAUAGCUGGAGCACAGUGGCUGUCAGCUGUGGCUGUGCAGAAAUUCCCAUUAUGAUGAAAGAACUAAACAGUAGUGUUAACAUGGGCUCCUGAGCAUCAUUUAAAUGUGUGUGUGGGGGGGGGGUAGAUUUGCAUCUCUCUCUGACCCUCCUCUUCCCCUCUUAGCCCCCUUCCUCACCAGCUUCCUGGCACUUCCCCUGCCCAUGAACCCCUACACCCACCCCCUCCAAAUGUGAGCAAGUGGUAUUGUGACCAAAGAGUGGUAAGGCCAUGUCCUGGAUACCUCGUCUGCCCCCAGCUCCAGGGUCUAUGAGUGUUAUUGCCACAGCUAAUCAUUAGCAACUUUUGCCCCCUCUCCCCCAACCUUUGCAGGACAAACUGCUUCUGUAAUGGAAUCCAGUGCAUUCUCAUGCUCUGUGGACAUGUUAUAAUGUUUUUGGAUAUGCGUUGAGGGCUGAUUGUACAGUGUGCAGGUGCAGCGUCCUAUGUGCAUAUGCACAAAGUAAAAAGUGUUGGGCAGGGAGACAGCAUGUGCACAGGGCCCCGUCCUAUAGUAAUGAGUUCUGGUGGGUGGCUGGCAAGUUGAUCCUGUCUAGCAGCAGCAUGAAGUGAGAACAAAAAGAUGCAGAUAGCUAAGCUCCUGUCAGACACGCUUAAGCUUACUCUUAAAUUUCUCUCAUUAACAAAUGCUCAGUACAUGCGCAUACUUUUUUUAAUUGCAUACUUGCAAGUAAGUGAUCAAGCUUGCAGAGGAGAACACCUAGCGCUUAGAAUUUUAGUUGCAUGCUCUCACCUUGCAACCACAGCAACCUCCCAGGCUCUGCUGUGCAUUGUGCAAGGAUUUUAAGCUAUCCGGUGCCUGAGUUGGCUAUGUGCUAGUCAGCCACCAGCAGCAAGUUAGAAUAGCCUAACUUACAGUACUUGUCAAGAGCUUUGGGGAACAGGAGUCAGAUGUGCGUUAUGGAAUCCGCAGCCAUGCUCUCUUUCUCUAAAUCCCAUCCCCUGACCCUCUAGUAUAGGAGGGAGCUGUGGAGUAGCGUAGGCCUUAUGCAUGCUCUAUGUUAUUGAAGUCGGCAUUGUCUUCCUGUGGUCAAUUAUGCCACCUUUAGAGCAGCUCUGUGGCAACAGAUUGCAUUGUUGUUUCUAAAAUAUAGUUUUAAAAAUUCUAUGGUCUGUGGUGGUACAUUUGUGCAAUUUCUCUAGGCUGAAUUGUCUUCUUGCACGUUCACAACUGAUAAUACCAAUGCCUGUCACAUGAAAAGGAUCAGAAUUUGUUGCAAGUGAGCUUCAUUGUACCAGAUAUUUUGCAUGACUAGAAAGGUUGGUUGGAUGUUUCUGCAUUACCAAGUCAACUUCAAGUGCAAAAGGUUAAAAUUUAGAGAGAAAAAUACAAAAAUCCAACUGUUGCCCCCUGCAAGACACGGGCACAGUUUUUCAUUAUAAAAGUGUUUUGGGGAGAGAGAGUGAACAUGCUUACUGUAGAAAGAGGAAGGAACAGAAUGGAGGCAAGAUAAUUUCUGUAUAAAGGAACCUUUGAAAAUUGUACAAAACAGAAGAUGUUAACCGUGAACUGUUCUGCAUUGGUCUCUCAGAUUCUCUGCUUUUAAAAUAUGUGGUUUUUCUGCAGUGUUUUAUAUAGCUGUAAAGGUCUUGCUGAGCCAUGACAUUUCUAGUGACCUGAACAUGAAAAAUUCAAAAUCGAAGUAUUUUUAAAUACAAAUCGAGGAGGAAGAAGAACUGAUACUACCUUGGGAAAAAGCCCCCAAAUGCACUCAAAUCACUCUGUCUUAGCUUCACUGCAGUGUCCACGUGACGUUCUUAUAGCUCUACGAUAUCAGAAUUCCUAUUUUGGUUUCUGCCUUUUCUUCCUGGAGGCUUGACCGAGUGCCAUUCCUUCUUUUGCAUGAACAUAGCUGCAGGCCAUGUAACGUUAGAGAGAAUUUACUAUGUAAUUAGUUCCAUUCAUUCCCAGUGGCUGUUCACUUCACCCUCGGCAGGGUUCACAGUAAGUCCAGCACUGGGAGGUGUAGGCUGAAAGUCUAAUACCCAGGCUUCUAGCCAAACCUUACCGUACUUCAGUCUGAGCUGAAGAACUUCACUUUGAGAAGGGGAGAGUGUAUUGUUCUCAUUUAGGUAAUGGAAUAAUAGAGAAAAGACAAGAUGAAAGUCAAUAAUACCUUGGCAAAAGCAUUAUAUGACAACAAGGCUGAGUGUUCAGAUGAGUUAGCCUUCCGCAAAGGAGACAUCCUAACGGUUCUUGAGCAGAAUGUUUUAGAGAGUGAAGGAUGGUGGAAAUGUUCCCUCCAUGGAAGACAAGGUCUGGCUCCUGCUAAUCGCCUCCAACUCCUUGCUGGUUCCCAGGAAGGAACGUUGUCUCCCUCCUCUGAGCCUGAUUCUCAGGAAUUGCCCAUCAGUCAACAAAAUAUCUACCAGGUUCCAUCAGCUCCCAAGUCUUCCACAUUGUCACCUACGUAUGAACGGAUGGACAGUUGGAUUAAGCCACUUCCUUCUUCUGUUUCUUCUCCACCUACUCAAGAAAUAUAUCAAGUGCCAGCUUUAGCUGCACAAUUAUUCAGUGAAAAGAUCCAAAGCCUAACCAAUCAGCACCAGUUUACUCUUCCCACACCAUCUCGGGCCUCCAUACCAUGUAUAAAAAGUGAGGUUUAUGAUGUUCCAUCACCACAACACCGAAUAGCCCUAUUCACUCAGAGGUGUGCCACUCCACCCACAGCCAGAAAGGGCUCUAUGCCGAUCCUCUUCAAAGAAUAUAUCCAGGAAGAGCAGCAACAGCUUUAUGACAUCCCAUCCAGCCCAGAAAAGGCAAAAAUCCAUGUCCAGCAAGACUCUCCAGUGGGCAGUGUGUAUGAUGUCCCCCCCACAACCACAAGAGACCAUGACAUUUCACUACAAAGUUUGUCUCAAAUAAAAUCUUUGGGUCAUUAUAAUACCUUGCCAAAUCCUCGGAAGUCAGAAUGGACUUAUGAUAUUCCAGUAUCACCUGAAAAAAUGGGUUUAAAAAAAGAUCCUUCCGAUCGUUCCCUGGAAAAGCAGGUGCUGUAUGACGUACCACCAGCCAGAUAUGGUUCUAGUUUGCAAAAUGUUCCACCAACAAAUAUCAAAAGCAAAUCAGUGAAUCCACAAAUGUAUGAUGUUCCACCAACCCAGAGAAAAUUAACCUUUCCUGACAUCCCUCGUUAUAAUGUACCAUCCUCACGUAACAUGUUACUUUUGCAGCAAAACGGUAACUAUCAUGUUCCACCAAGCUUUCUGACUCCAAGGGUUGAGCAACAGAACUCUGAACAAAAUGUUUAUGAUAUUCCAAAAGUGCUGCCUACUGCUUUACAGCACAGGAAAGGGACUGAAAAAAACAACAGUAGUUUUGGAAACCAUACUUACAACAUUCCUCCACAGCUGUCAAAAGAUGCCAAAUUAGAACAAGACAGAUUAUCAGUUUCCAGUGUGGACAGCAGAACCAGCACCCUAUCUACAUCAUCAAGCACUUCUGCUGAGUCCUCUUCUAUGUCAUCAUCAGAAGAACCUGCAAAAGAAAUUAAAUUGGAGCUUGACUUAGCCAUAGAGACAUUGACCAAGCUGCAGCACAGUGUAUCCAGUUCAGUUGCAAGUCUGAUGAUUUUUGUAAGCAGUAAGUGGAGAUUCCAGGAACACCUGGAGACAAACCUUGAGGAAAUCCAUAGAGCAAUUGAUCACAUAAAAGAAUCUUUGGGAGAAUUCUUGGAUUUUGCUCAAGCCAUCAAGGUGAAUGCCUCUUGCGUCACUGACAAUAACCUUCAAACCAGAAUUACAACACAGCUGAAAAUUCUUACAGACUCAUUCCAGAUCUUGGUAGAAACAAGGGAAGCACUAAAUAACUGCAACUGGUCACUGGAAGUUCUGGUCAUUAAGAAACCUCAGAAUAACCCAGAUGAUCUUGAUCGGUUUGUUAUGGUAGCCCGCACAAUUCCAGAUGAUAUCAAGAGAUUUGUUUCUAUCAUCAUAGCUAAUGGAAAGCUUCUCUUCAAAAAGAAUUGCAAGGAACAAGAGACCAAGUCACCAAAAAUUGAUACAGACCGUAAAAUGGCAAAACCGAUCCCAAUACCCAGAAGAAUAGAACUGAAUUCACUCCAAAGAAAUACUUUGGAUAAACCAAACAAAAAUAAAGUCUCUUCUGAGAAAUCAAGAGAAAAUGUCACUGAAGACUGUGAUUAUGUUCAGUUACAGAAGUCUCCUGGGUUGGAACAGGUGAAAAAAACCCUUUCAGCUAAAGAGAUGGCAAAGAAGAAUGCAGAUUUAAAAACAAAGGUUUUCCCACCUUCAAAAAAGCAUAAUAUUCAGAGCAACCUGGACUUGGCAAAGAAAAUCACUCUCUCAGAAAAUUGUAGACUGUAUUUUGAUGCCCUUCAUAAGGCCAUUAGUGUAUUUACCAGUAGUCUUAGCAAUAAUCAACCGCCAGAAGUCUUCAUAGCACAGAGCAAACUGAUCAUUAUGGUGGGACAAAAGUUGGUGGAUUCUCUCUGUCAGGAAACUCAAGAAAAGGAUAUUCGGAAUGACAUCCUCUGCAGCAGCAGCCAGUUUUGUAGCCUGCUGAAGAACUUGGCUGUUGCCACCAAAAAUGCAGCAGUGCAGUAUCCAAAGACAGGUGCCAUACAGGAACUUCAAAAUCAAGCUGAUGAGCUGUCUAAAUACACUCAGCAGUUUAGGGCAAUGAUGGAAUGAAGAAGCCUUUCCAUUCUUAGAAGAGAAUCCUGGUGAAAACUUUAGGAUCUCCCCCGAUUUCUGGGUUUUAACCCCUCAACUAUGGUAUCCUGAGAGCCGAGGAAGACAGGACUCCACAAAGAACCCAAAUGCCAGUCUUAAAUCAGCCAUACCCUGUCGAGGUUACUGUUGGGCAAUGAAAGGUGUACUAAGGCCCUGAGGAAUGUCUACACAGGCUGCGGCAACAAUCCUCCCAGUCCAGGUUGACAGAUUUGGGUUAGUGGGACAUGUUCUGGUGCUCUAAAAACAGAUGUAUAGACAGCACGUUGAAGUGACAGCUUGGUCUGGACCUCAGAAUGUGAAACUCAACCCCUCCUAGACUUUACAGAUUGUGCUCCAGCCCAAGCUGCAAUUUCAAAUCACUGUUUAUACACCUAUUUUUAGAGUGCUGGUGAAAGCCAGCUACCCCGAGUCUAUCACCCUAGGCUAGGAGGCUGACUCCCACGGGCUGUGUAGAGAUACCCACUAUGACCAGGAAUCGAAUUUGUACUUUCCACACAACAGUUUAGAGCACUAUCUGGAAAAUGCUGAGUCAACCCUUCCAAUCAAUCAUUGGAGUGGCUUGGCAAAAAUUUCCAUAGAGUAUGGUUAUACACUUAUUUUAUUAUUUGUCUGAUUUCUUAUCUUUCCAAACAAAGCAGAUAAAUAUAUUUUUCUAUUCUUUUUCACUUGGAAAUGUAAGUGUUGUACUGGUUUUCCUGAUAACAGACCAAGAUAUAAAUUGUGAUACAUUGUUAUGUGAAGCCAUCAUCAUUCUCUCUUUUCCAGGGGAUUGUUUACCGUAUUUGUUUUAAACUACAGUUUUUUUAAUAAAAUGUCAUUUACAGAUCUUUCAUAUUACAAUGUUAUGAGCACAGUAUGGAACAAAUUCUGGCAGAUGAUGUGUAUAUAGGCCACAGAAAACCUAUACCCAGCACCAUAGAGAAAUGAUUGGACUCCCCAUACUGGCUCUCAUCUAAACCCAAGGAGCAACUACUUCACAGGUCUUCCAUGGGAGAAGCUAUAAUGGACCAUUACAGAAUUGGCCUCAAAGUUUAGGGAACAUGGUCAGCAUGUUUACGAUCACAAAACACACAUAAGAUCCAUGCAGGCUGUUCAUGCAAAAUUAGGGUGAAUGUCAAGACAGGAAUAAUCUGUUUAUUGGGUUGCUGCUGGCCAGAAUAUGGGUGCACAGUAAUGCAGGAUACAUGUGCACUCAUUUUGAGGACAAUUCUGCAUAGUUGAGGAAUUUGAGCCAAUGAUUUUUGUAUGAUUUCUCUCUCUUCCUGGUGCUCAGCUAUUACAGUGAUGGAGGCCAUAUAAACACCUAGAUAGGUUUUUGUGUGUUGUUUUGUAUUUUUUUUACCAAUUAAUUUAUUUUUUUUCAAAUAUGGCUUAAAUUUUCAAGUCUUGUUUUCCUUUUGUAGGUACAACUUGUAUCUGUAUAAUUUGCUUCUGAUAAGCAGGCAGUUAGUUUUGCCAUCAUUUGUAGUCGCAAUUCAUUUGUGGAUGCAAAAAUUCGGGUGCAAUUUGUGCCUGUAAAGAAAAUUUGGCUAAGUCUCAGUGUAAUGUUCCAACAUGCAACAGAAUGCAUUGCUGAAACAGCUGCAUUCAGACAGAUUUCCAAUGGAAGUGCAAAGAAAAAAUAUUUAAGCCGUUCUUUAUUUUGAGCACACUGUACAUAUUUUGGCCUGGCCUGAUAUCUGCAGAAAUUUGUUCUCUGCAUUUCUGAUGUUUAAUUUUGUUCUUCUGUUUUCCCUUUUAAAUGAGUUUUACAAUUUUUGUUGUUCACAAAACAUUAAUAAAUAACAUAUUGAUAAAAAUAGUUUUAAUUUAUCAAUAUACCAUUGCAAAAAUGAUGUUGUGCCUAUGUCCUUAACAACUCUCUUACAGACUUAAUUGGGCCAAGCAGGAGAUGGGGUAUUUGGUUUAGAAUCUCUUUCCAGUUAUUUGAUGCAAAAAAAGGGAGCGAGAACAGGAACAAGUAGCGAUGAGGCUAUCAUUAAUCCUCUCAGUUCAGACUAAUAUCUGAACCAG